AAUAGCUCUUAAGAGAGAUACCAAAAGCUCUUCUCCUUAAUGCCACUCCUCUCCAACCAGGAAGUAAGGGGAGGGGGAACAGUAGAUGAGAUUCUCUUUAAUGCAUCCAUGAGAGGGUUGAGGAAACAGUACAAGCCUCUUGGAACAAGUUAUUAACAGAAUAAAGAAGCACCCAGUGCGUUGGCUUUUCAGUCUGUCAUUUGGACAGCUAAUGCAACAACUUGUUUUCAAAAUUAAAGAAUUUGUGCACAAACUUUUAGAAACCAUCUCAGGGAAGCUCAUCUGCAUGAUCCUUGUCUUCCCCAGGGUUUUGACCUGCCUGCAGUUCACUAACAUUACUAUCUUGAGUGGUCAAAUUCAAUGGCAUUUGGCACUUUGGAGAAAUGUUGUUUUCAUGGAUUAAUUCCGGUUUUCGCUGAUGGUGUGCAUGGCAUUGUGUAGCUGAGCUUUUUGCUGAUAUCAAAGUUGUGAAGGGUAUCUCAUGGUGGCAGUGGGGUUGUGCCUGAAAGGACAGGUGGGUAUAGGCAUGGAAUAUGUAUUUAAAAAGCUUUGUUGUGCCUCGCUAAUACCUGUGGGCCCAUCUGUACAGUGUGACUAAAAAUACUUCAAUGAGCAACAAAAUUGAUACAUUAGGAUAAUAAUAUAAUGUUGCUGUAAUAAUAUGUAUUGUAUUUCUGUAAAGUUAAAUUAGAAUAUUUACCCUUUUAGUUUAAUGCUUCAUCAUAAGAACAGCACUACAGGAAAGACAGAAAAAAGAAGAACAUGAUGUAUCAUGAAAUAUAUAAAUUCUGUAGCAAGUAAUAGACAGGUGGGGGUAAAAAAGUGAAACAAAACAUCACUGAUGAGCCCUGCUAAGCCCAUGAAGAGCUUAAAGAGGGAGCUGCAGGACCUGCAGAGAGACCCUCCAGCACAGUGCUCUGCCGGGCCAGUGGGGGACGAUUUGUUUCAUUGGCAGGCGACCAUAAUGGGACCAGGUGACAGUCCUUAUCAAGGAGGAGUUUUCUUUCUCACAAUCCACUUCCCCACUGACUACCCUUUCAAGCCACCAAAGGUAGCAUUUACAACAAAGAUUUAUCACCCAAAUAUAAACAGCAAUGGGAGUAUCUGUUUGGAUAUUCUACGGUCACAGUGGUCUCCAGCACUAACAGUGUCUAAAGUUUUAUUGUCCAUAUGUUCAUUGCUUUGUGACCCAAACCCAGAUGACCCCUUAGUUCCAGACAUAGCACACAUCUACAAGAACGACAAAGACAAAUACAACAGACUAGCAAAAGAAUGUACCCAAAAGUAUGCCAUGUAGAGAAGAAACAUCAAAGAU